GCCUAUUUUUGGGGGCCAUCUAGAAGUAUCCAUGGUUCCGUAUCAUACUUGUAAUCUGACCCUGUGUUAAAUAAUAAUAACUUGAUUUAGUUAGUUGCUUGCUUUUUUCUGCCUGACAUCAAAUCCAAAAACAUCUCUCGGAAAAUUUAAUUAUUUGAUCUCUCGACUUGCCCCUAAAGUCCCUCCAACAAGACUUCUUUGACAGGAUGCAGAUGGCCUAGUUGAACAGCGCUGGGUUUGUUCUCUCCCCUCUUCUGGAAUCCUGCCUCUCCUCUUCAUGUCUGAAUUGGGUUGGGCUUGAUCCUCUGCUGCUCCAGCAGCCCGCCGUUUCCCGUCGCGUUCUGGCCGUCUCAUCCCUGAAUCACCUCCUCCGUCGGUGAAUCUGUCCUUCCGCCGCAGGAGCCAACACCAAGCAGUCACUGUUUAACGUUGGUCCAAGGCUGGAAGCUGCUGUUUUUUGCUAGGAACCUGUCGGACCCAGUAGUGCAUUCCCUUUUUUAUCCCGCCGCUCCCUUUUUAUUUCAACGCCUACCGGACAUCAACCCUUUCUGCCGUCCGGGACGAGAAAGCAGACAGAAAUUCAUAUAAAGCAACGGGAGACUGAGAAUAGCCGCUGCCCAAAUGAAUUCCCUCCAGCAGUCGUGUCGACCAAAACAUCAGGUCUUGAUCUUGAAAUGUUAUCCAAGGUUCCAGAAAGGGUUUCAGGAGGUCAAACCCAACUCGUCAGAGCUUAGUUAUCUCCUCUACUAUGCGAGCACGCGACGAAGUAAGCUCCAGAAGGUUGGCGCAUUUCUGGAGAAAAGAGCUGCUAGAGAUGUUUGGAGGAUGAAGCUCGGAAAUGUCCAAGUUACCCUCCAGAUCCUCGCAGCGCUCAUUGAGAAGGUCCCACGGGAUCUACCCCUAUAUGCGCUCUCCGUUCUGACAAUAAUCGAUACCGUUCUCCGCUCAAACGACCUGCCGAUGGUGGAAGAGACGAUAGAGACUUACGAUGUCUUUUGCCGCCACCAGGAUAUGACGGUCCUUGGUGCGGAUCAGGAAUAUGUGAACUUGUAUAGAAAUGUUGUUAGGAGUUAUGCGCAGUUGGCUUCAGCCGACCACCUAGCUCCAGCAAUGGCGGGAUUGUCACUUCCCAUGCGGCUGCGAUGGCGAAACGCUGGUUUGCGGGCUAUUAAAAGUAUUGUCAGUUCUGAAGCUCUGGCCCUAGACGGGACCAAGCAGCUAAGCAUCGUGAUGCCGGUGAUUUUGGACAAUCUUUAUUCCACCGAAAACCUACUUCCCUUGCAAGAAAAGGCUUUGUCUUCAGAAAAACUGGAACGGGAGCACGCACGGCGACGAAGAACAAGCAUCGCGACUGUUCGGACCGCCGAUACAACAGAUGCAGACCCCAUUACUGCUGCAGGGACUACUGCAGAUGCAGACAAGUUGCAAGAAAUGGAAGUCCGUGUUUUGGCAUUGCGGUGCUUAGAGAAGAUUUUCUCGGCGGGUGGUAAUCGAGGCCAAAUUCGUAAUGCAACUACCCUGAUCCUACAGUUUAUCGUGAGCAAGCGGCCUCCGCGACAUUGCUCUCUGGAACAACACCCGGAUUCCGUUGGUGCUGGUGGCAGCUGGGCUACGAAUUUGAUGGAAGUAAUCGCCAAGUGGUCACCAGUGCAGGACCGCUUCAUCAUUCUCGUCGCAACCAUGGAGCAACUCGUCAGCACCCGCAUGGUUGAUGAUAAAUUAGAAUCGCAGUUGAUCCUAGCAUCGAUGAUGGACUGGUUACUCAGUUCUCCUAACAAUCUUAUUGGGCUGAGUGUGAUGGACGUCCUUAUCAGCUUACUUCAACGCUUGCUUCUCCUUUUGCAGCUUGGGGGUCGAUCGAUGAAAUUGGUACACCACCGCGCACCUUCUGGAUAUGUCAAUAAUCUUCCAGAAGUCGGAGAGGCCAGUGAAGAGCCGCCCGGGGAGCCGAAUGGCGAUAAUGUACAAUCUACGGAGGGCACCCAAACCACCAUCCCUUGGGACGCGCGCCAGGAAUUGGUGGAGCUCCUACAAAAGUGCAUCGGGUCUUUGGCUACGCAUAUUUAUUACGCUGAUCAGGUUUCCGACAUGAUACGUACGGUUAUUACGCGACUAAGGCCGUCUCCAGCAUCCGAACUUUCGAACAAUGAAGCUGAAGGCGUUGCAAAUAAUGCCGUUGACAGCUCGGAAGAUGUAGGUGGGGAUGCGUACUUUUCUUUCCCGGCCGCUCGAAUUGUAGCUUUGAGAUGCAUCAAGAGCGUCUUGCUGGCCAAUCUGCGCAAGUCUAUGACCGCAGCUGGAGCUGAUUCGCGAAGUCGAGUCAACAUAUGGGUAUGGGAGGGCACCCAGUGGCUUCUGCGAGACCCGGACCGCGAGGUUGCACAUACCUACGUUGAUGCAUUUCUUUCCUGGUUGCAACUAGAAACUACGAAGGAUGACCUGCGGGCGACAUUGGAAACGAAACGAACGUCCAGAAUUGGUGCUAGGCGUGAUAUUUCUGACCCAUCCGACAAAUUGACGAGGAAAGUCGUUUCGACAGUAUCUCAGCGGGACAAGGAUGCUGCCAUAGCUACGUCUAAUUUUCUUCAGCUCCUCCACUUGACGGUUUACGAUAUUGCAACUGAAUCUGCUGAGGUGGAAUCCGAUAUAAUGCUUUUACACCUUCUGUUGGCUAAUCUAGUGGAAAAUAUGGGGGUCAAUGCCGCCAAAUAUGGACUACCUAUGAUAAUGAGAUUGCAGGAUGACUUUUUAUCCAACGAUGAGUCAAUUUCGCCAGCUGCUAGACUCAACGUUUCUAGUUUAAUUCAUGGAUAUCUCUGGGCAUUGGUUGAAAAAUUCGACCUCGAGACAACGAAAGUUGGCGAUAAUAUCCUUGGCGAAAUUUCCAGGCGGAAGAAGAGAGGCAUCUGGUUUGAAAAAAUUCAGCUCCCACCUCGACAGCUAAAUUACAUUGUUCCUUCUGCCCAACCGAUUUCCAAGCAUAAUGUUCAAUUGCAACUCGACUGGCGCAUGUACUCACCGUUCAUUGGCCUAUCUGAGCUUGUUGACCAAAUCGAAAAUAACUACAAUACCGUCGUUAAGUCGCCCGCAACCAGCCCAGCCAGUUCUCCUGGCCGUGUGUUUUCGAUGCCAGUUCUCGGGCAGGGAAGCGCUGCGCCAGGGAGAGUUCCACCAGAAGAACGACUUCCAACGAUUGUAAAGGAGCGCAUGGUAACGCCAUGGUCGAAGGAGGAAUGUCUGGCUGCUAUGGCUACAGAAAAAGCGCAGUCAUCAUCGAUUAGUGGUUCUAGAACUGGUACUUCGGGAACACGCAAUUAUUUUGCGGUAAAUGGAUACAAGAAUGGGAAUGCGUCCCCUCCCAAGGCCGAAACUAUACCGGCUCACCCACCCCAACAGCAUGAGGAUACGCGUCUUUCCAGCCUUCCCGAAGCUACGGGCGGGUUGAAUGGUCUACAGAAACUUCGCCGCCAGAGUAUUCCAACAGAAUCUCGCACAUCGGUUGCAAGUUCGAGUCGUGAUUCGACGGUAAAAGUCAACGAGCUUCGGCGGGUUUUGUCGGUAGUGAACAGCAGCAAUGUCCGCCAGUCGAGUCCUCUUCGCGGCCGCCAGAGCUUAUCUAGGGGGAUUGAAAGUGGUGCAUCGAGCGCAGAAAGUAUGCUCAGCGAUACAUUUUCUACAUCCGAUAUUGACGGUAUGACCGGUGCUGGUUCUUCAUCAAUUAGGCCUCACUCCCGGCGAGAGGGGUCGGAAACUCCAAAGGCGUCCGCUUCCAACCAAACCAACGGCAUAGGUGGCGAAAAGAAAGAUGACAAGAAAGACCUUGACUCAUUAAACCGGAAGAUUUCCAACGACAUCCCACCUGUCCCUCCCUUACCUGCUGCCCUUGUACUACCGGGCAGGUUCCCGACUGAUUCCUCAAGUGCAUCGCCAUCACACUCACGAAGUGCCCUCGACCGCCCCUCAACAGCCCCAUCUCAGCCUCGUGCCAGACCAGCAACGAAAGGUCAACAUAUUGUCAGUGUUACACCACGACAAAGCAGAUCGUUGACUAGGCAGAAGUCGCGAUCAAAACAACUACACACUCCUAGCGUCCCCAACCUCUCUGGGUAUGCUGAUGAUGCCGGUCAGAUUGUUUCCACCAGUGACGACAGGCCGUUCUCCUCCCGUGGACCUAGAUCUAUCAGCCUGGGCCGUCGCGUUGACAUGGAAAAGUUGCUUGAAGGUCUAAUAGACGGUCCUGAAGGGGAUCAGGGGGCAAAUGGCUUAUUAUCUCAAGCCCACCCACCGUAUUCCUCUCAUUCCAAGCCAUCUAGCGAACAACCAUAUCUUAUGGAUGAUAACGGCUACUACCGUGGCAACAGAAAUCGGGAUUCGUCCCAAGUUCGCAGUAUUGGUAGGGUGGGAAGCGGAACUAGGGGAAACAUAGCGCGACCGCCUUAUUAGACUAGCUGACCCUUUCUAUCAGCUAGGACUGUUUAUCUUCUCUUCACCCCUGGGCUUGUUCCUCAUAGUUUCUAUUUUUGGGCAUUAAUUUUUGCGCCUCUUCCUUCCAGGCCCUCCCGUUGUUUUCGUCCCCUUUUUAAUUAUUUUGUCUUUAUUUCUUGACAGACUAGUCAUCAUCAUGCAUAUUUUUUCCUUUAGGGAGUUUGAGGUUUUACCUAUUCCUUCAUCCAAGCCUUCCUUUUAUUUUCAUUUCUUUUGUUUUCCUAUAUCUCGAUCAUUUUAACUUCGCGUAGUCCUCCAAUUCUUGUAAACCAUAGGUUCCUUCUCGUUACAUGCUUCUUUUUCUGCAUCCUUCUUGGCCUUUUUUUCCCAAUUUUUUUCCUUUUAUUUUUCUUUUGCGGUUAACUAUACCAACAUACCCCCCCUUUUUUUUUUUUAAAUUGUACAGUACUAAGCGCUUCCAUGUUUGUGUGUAUAUAAUAUUACUGAUGUAGUCAGUUUUAUUACCAAAUCUAUCCUUGCCAGGCUGAUUUCUCUUUGUUCCCAACCCCACUCCCUCCACCACACACAGCCUUUCUGGACCUACUUUCAUUCUUACAAAAAGGUUUCUAUGGCGCUGACCGAUAGCUUUUAUGGAUUUAUAUAGAUGGUAUAGGGUAGAUAAUAAUUUAGUAUCUAAAAUUUUCAUAUUUGCUCAAAUGGCCGACUCACCACACCCGUCUUGUCUGGUAGUCUACCCGCUGUAACUGCUCGAUUUUUAGAGAACCCCAGGAUUAUAUGAUCUCCGUCAAUUCUUAAACGCUCCAUUGCACAACAUAUCCUCAUACUCAUAAUCAGGUUGAAACUCGCGAUACAAAUACUCCGGGUCACUCUCCACCUUGAAAUUAUACGCCGCCUCCUCAUCCGAAAUCAGAACCUUCUUGCACCCGUUCGCAGCAGCUGCCUCCGCCAGCAACUGCACCCGACAACUCCGCUCCAUCAACCCAAACAAAUACGCCGCCUCAUCCACCGUGCCCCCAACCGUCAACAGCCCAUGAUUCAUCAAAAUACACCCCUUCCCAUUCCCCAAGGCCUUGGCAAUCAAAUCCCCUUCCUCCGCGGCCAACACCACCCCGCCGUACGAUUCAUACACGCUAUGCGCCCCGAAAAACUUGCACGCGUCCUGAUUCAGCAUCUCCAGCGGGCGCGCAAAUGAUGACCACGCCUUCCCGUAGAUGGUAUGCGCAUGGCAGACGGCAUGCACGUCCUCGCGCGCCUUGUGCACGGCGGCGUGGAUGAGGAAGCCGGCAGCGUUGGCGGGCCGCGAGCGAUUACCACCAAUUACGGUCCCGUUGAGAUCGACGAGGAUCAUGUCGCUGGCUUUUAACAUGCCGAAGUGCACGGCUAGGGGGUUCGUCCAGAAGGCGUUGGCGUGCUCGGGGUCCCGGACGCUGAUGUGGCCGGACAGACCUUCUGUGUAGCCGUGGCGGGCCCAGAUGCGGAAGGCACCUGCCAUGUGCUCGAGUUGCCAUUGGCGUUUCAGCUCGUGGGAGGUGAAGCUGGGGAUUCCUGCGCGAGUGGGUUGAUUAGGUUUUUGUUGAUAUAAAUAUGUAUGCACCAUUGCGCCCCCCCCGCCCGGGGGGGGAGGGGGGAGGAGGAGCGGAUAUCAUUUGAAUAGUCGAAAGAUAUAAGGAUUACCUGGAAGGGCGAUUCCGCCAUGUGAGAUAGCCUGGAGGGCUGUUAAGCCUUCACCCCCGUGAACAUGUUGAGUCUUUUUCUGGUCUUCUGGAGACUUUGCAACGGGGUUGUUCACGGGAACGGUGAUUUCUGUAAUGGCGGUGGGGCUCAUAUUGGGCUUUCUUUUUAUGAGCUUUUUGAUCGAGGUAUAAGAAUGCAAGCAGCGUCUUUCUGCUUUGGUGUUAUGUUUCUCAAAGACUCAACGAUGUAGCAAUUGAGUCAGCCGGCUUUGUAUGAAAGAAGUUGCCAGUUCUCACUGAAGUUUCAGCUAUUUAGGUCAAAAAUAAAUAUCUAUCAUCAACAAAUAGUGCAUCUAUCGC